CCAUGAUCGCAGACUCAACACGCAUCCUCACACCACUGACCUGGGCUUAGCUGUGUCCUGCAUGUGUGUGCAUGUGUGUGCGUGUGUGAGCGGGAGUGUGAAUGAUCCCCAGAAACCAGCAGCAGGAUGGAGGAUCUCAAGGAGAAUCUGGGAACUUUGGAUUGACGCCCGGGGAUAACGCGCAGACGGCCUGAACCUCAUCGGGCUUCUCGUGGAUUUAUAUAUUUGGAUGUUGUCCGUUUUACCCUUUUACCUUUUACUUCUAGGCAGCGGGAUUUUACGCUUGGCUUACAACCCUCAUCAUCUUUGGCGUGCAAAAUGCCAUUCGCCAAAAGGAUUGUGGAGCCGCAGCUUCUGUGCAGACACCCGAUCCCCAAUGAUGAUGGUCUGCUUUUCGAGGACCUGUGUGCCAUCAGCAAUGUGGUUCUUUCCCGGACCUUGCGACAGCUCUCCGACCUGGCCCGACACGCCUGCUCCUUAUUUCAGGAGCUGGAAAACGACAUCAUUAGCACCAACCAACGGGUCUGGGUCCUUCAGAAUAAAAUAGGCCAGAUACAGCAGACUGCCAGUGCCCUAGACCCCAAAAAGGAGGCUGUGCCGGUGUCAAACCUCGACAUAGAGAGCAAGCUGUCGGUUCACUAUCAGGCUCCAUGGCACCAGCAGCACAAUGUAUUUCAUCCUUGCACCCGACCGCCGUGUCUGGAGGAGCUGCACAGAAAUGCUCAGCUCAGUCUCAGAGCUCUGCACCGAGAUGAACAACAGCGGCAGCGGUCCACGAGUCGGGAGAGAAACAGGGUGACCAUCUCUAUCUCAGUGGCGCCCCCCAUGCCCACCUUCCCUUCGCCCCACACCAUCCGGCGGCAACAGAGGAGUCGCCUGGCAAGAGCGCAAGAGAGAGCAGAAAGGGAGCGAGACUUAGACUAUCAACCCAGGAAGGAGAGGCCUGUGAAAGAAUCAGAAAUCCAGACCAUACAGAGAAAAGAGAGGCCAAGAGAAGCAGAUGUUCAGACGAUCCAAAGAAAGGCUACCUCUACAGGGGAAGGUGAAGGCGGUGAGGUCUUGGGAAGCAACAGAGCCCAGGCCUCAGCUCCCAGUGCACCUUCAACCCAGGAUAAGCAGACAAACUGGUCAAAGGAAAACGUCCCACCAUCAGAUCACAAGUCAUCUGGCGAUUCUCAUGCUAUCUCUUCCUGUAUCAUCCCGAUCAAUGUCACAGGAGUUGGGUUUGACAGGGAAGCAAGUGCUCGAUGCUCUCUAGUCCAUUCUCAGUCAGUUCUUCAGAGGAGAAGGAAGCUAAGGAGGAGGAAAACCAUAACAGGAAUACCCAAAAGAGUACAGCACGAUAUGGAUUCCGAUGAAUCACCUGUGGCAAGAGAGCGCACAGUGAUUAUCCAUGCCAAUCCACAUCAACUCUCGCUCUGUCAGGAAGAACUCUCAGUCAGUGGUCGCCUCCAUCACACUCGUGACUCUGGCUGCCAGACAGAUGAUUUUCUUAUAGCAUGUACAGCUGCUCCCUCCAGAAGGCGUAUUAGAGCUCAGCGAGGCCAUCAGGGAAUUCCUGCCUCUUUGUCCCAUUCAACAGGAAAUAUUUCUUCUCUUGGUGACCAGUCAGACUCAACAUACACCACAGCUACAUCCCAUGGUGGGCGAUUGCGCUCCCGUAGCCUUCCACGAGAGGGUGGACGUCUGAUGGAUAGUGAUGAGGAUGACGAUGACAAUUAUGACGAUGAUGAUGAGGAUGAAGAAUUGUCACCUUACGAAGCAGAGGACUUUAUUCCAGCUGGCCCCAGUCCAAGAAUGAAGAUGAUGAUGAUGAAGGAUGAAGAGGAGAGCACAGAUGACCAAGCAGCUCCAGAGCCGCUACAACUUGGAAGCCUAAAAAGGCUGCAGCGAACUGGGGAGAGAGACAGAGGAGGUGGAGGAGGUGGAAGCCCAGAGCAUAGCUGGAUGGAGAGGGGUCGUUCACGGUUACCACGCAAGGCUGACAUGGGCAGCUGCGAGAUCUCGUCAAGCUCAGAUACUUUUAGUAGCCCUAUUCAUUCAGUGUCUACAACAGGAGUCUUAGGCAGCCAUGUGGAUCACAAAGAAGACCACCAGUCAUCCAGCGGGAACUGGAGUGGUUCUAGUUCUACCUGCCCCUCACAAACAUCUGAAACCAUCCCACCACCCUCUUCUCCACCAUUGACAGGCUCAUCCCACUGUGAUUCAGAGCUGUCACUCAACACCGUGCCCAAUGCUAUUGAUGAGGGAUUCUCCCUCGAUCCCUCAUAUCACUCUGACCUCAGACCCCAAGGCCAGGGUCACAGAUCAAGCUCAUUCACAUCCUCAGCCACAGACCAGCUGGAUGAUGCAGGGGUCAGUACAGCCAGUGAAGGAGAGUGGACAUACCCUCCAGACCAAGAUCAGACUGACCAAGAUCAAGACCCUGACCAGACCCAAAACCUGAGCAAGAGCCAUGGGGUAACCCAAGAGUACAGCUCUAAACAUAGCCUUGAAGACCAAGCUGGCUUCAGUGACAAAACGAGCAACACUGAAACAGAGCCUGGCUCUCAUUACCCAUCUGAUACAGAAAGUUUCUAUUCCUCCUCUGUGCAUAUCAGAGAGUGUAAUCAGAGUUAUAGAGGAUACAUGUAUAACUAUGCAGACCAAGGGCCUGACUGUGGUCAGUCCAACACUGUGGCAGCACCACUAUCACAUGGAGUUUACCCUGAGCCCUCAGCUGACUUCAGAGCAGGCACUCUAACCCUGGGGAGGACAUCUCGUUCAUUGAGGAAACCGAAAGUAAAACCUCCACCACCCAAACGAACCUCCUCACUAAAGGAACCCAGUGGUAGUGUUGAUGUCGGAACGGACACACAGGCAGAUCAGGAUCAACCAAAGAUGGUUAUUGAGCAGGAGCUUACUUUGUCUUCCACAGAUAUGAAGCUGGAACUGGACCUAGAGCUUGGAGUUGCUCCAGAACCAUUACAGACAUCCUGUUUAGUGGCAGAGCCUUUGGGAACAUGGGGAAUGGGACUGGGGGAAACCGUGGACAUAGUAGAGCCCAUGUCUUUCAGCUCUGCAGAUACACACUCAUUUAAAGAUGAAGGUGCUGUGCAAUCUGACUAUGCAGACCUUUGGCUUCAUAACAGUGAACUGAAGUCCAACAAUGGUGAGUACACAUCCAUGUCCAACUCAAGCACCGCCACAGGCACUACUGUCAUGGAGUGUAUCAAGUCACCAGACAGCUCUUCCUCUUCCACAGAAACCCAAACCCAGGCCCCUACCCAGGCUUCAGACACCGUGGCAACUAGUUCACCACUCCCACCUGAAGACUUCAAACUAGGGUCUCCUGAGAAACUGGCUGGUCUGGCUUCACCAUCAAGUGGUUAUUCCAGCCAAUCAGAAACACCUACAUCAACCCUGCCCACAUCUUCGGCAGCAUUUUUCCCUGGACCAUUGUCUCCUUCAACUGGCAAGAGGAAGCCCAAAGUGCCAGAGAGGAAGUCUUCUCUCGCUUCCCUGCAGCAUUUCCCCAGAGAUGGAGCUUCCAUUUCCUCUUGCUAUAAGAGAGACCCAGACUUUCCACCUCCACCUUCUCAGCUGGAUCUCAGUAUCCUUCAUGGUGGCUAUGUCAGACACACGUUAUCCCACCGGACUUACCACAUGCACACAUUGCACCAUAGCAAACACAGAGCUGCAAAUGUUUUAGCCACUGGCACAAAGAUGUUGGCUCCUGAAGCAUCAAAUACCAACCCACCACCAAGUUCAAACUCUACAUUAACAAUUCCUAGUUCAAAUCUGUCAGCGAUAACACCAUCUGCUCUUCGAUCAGUGCAGCUUCAUUCUGUUAGCCAAUCUGCAGAUCCACAAAUUACUUACACUACAGACCAGGAAACACCAAGUGUAACAGAAACUGCUACAAGACCCAAAUGUCCUCCUAGUGCUUCUACUCUGGCUCCGCCACCUCCUAACACUAGGCCUCUCCCUCCUCGCAGACCUCCUCCUAGACCACCAGGUCACGAGCACACCUUCUCCCCUGAGCAUGCACAACCAACACCUCCUGGCCGUCAUCCUGAUGGGCCUCCAUCUUAUGAAAGCCUGCUACUUAGACAGGACCGCUAUGGACCUGGAACUUUCUGGGCUAUGACUGCCUUCCGAACCCGAAUGGACCCAUCAUCAGACCUCUCUGAGGACAGCUCACCUGUGCAUCGACCUGUCCCACGUGCUCCCCAUCCAUCUCCCGUGGAUCUACACACACAUAUCCAUUCUCAUAGAGAGUUCAGAGGGCUCACCCACUCAUCUCGUGCACAUCCUGAGUUUAGGGUUUUAGGAGAACGCUCCUUCUCCCAGGAUGAUGAUGAUGAUGAAGAUGAAGAGGAGGAAGAGGAAGAGCACGUGAAAGAACCCCCUAGACCUGUAUGUCCCAGAGGAGGUAUCCGAUCAGAUCAUCCUCCACCCCCAGCAUAUGAGUUUGCUGGGGGAUCCCACUCAGACUCAGGGCCCUGGGCUAGUCCAAUCAAAGUGCCUGGUACCACAAUGGAGACAUUGCAUUCUUACCUAAUCAGUGACCCAAGAAAUAGAGGACACGAAGAACAGGAAGAAGAGGAGGAAGUGACAUCAGGUGCUACCAGAAGUGCCCAGCAACAACAGCCACAGGAAAGCAAAGAUGACUCCACGACUCCUGACACUGAGGAUUACUUCAGUAAAGAUUCCACACCCAGUGAUAAUUCGCUCUCCCCUCUGAUGGAUGACACCAAAGUGGAUGAUGACAUCAUUAUCACGUCACCCAAUAAGACCCGGACAACUGAGGACCUGUUUGCCAUGAUACACAGAUCCAAGAGAAAGGUCCUGGGUCGUAAAGAUUCUGGCGACUUAAAUGCUAAGUCUCGUCUCUGCCCUCCAGUACCAGUGACCCCCAGCAAUGUGCCCACCGUCAUUAUCCCUCCAGCACCUCCUCUCAACAUUCCAGCUACCUUAGCCACUGCUGUUGGGUCACAACGAGCCCCUGUGCCAAUCUAUCGCAGCGCCAAGAAAUCAAGUACGUCGAACGAGGAAUUUAAACUCUUGUUGCUAAAAAAAGGAAGCAGGACUGAUUCCAGCUAUCGCAUGUCAGCUACAGAGAUUCUGAAAAGCCCUAUUACCCCUAAAACACCAGGGGAGUCUGUCCAGGAAGGCCCCAUUAGACAGGGAGAGGAGCCACCCUCUACGCUCCAGGAGACCCCCAUUUCUGGCCUCGACCCAAUCCAGAUACCAGGUCUUUUUCCCAGGGCCAACUCUGAGAGUUUUGCAUCGAAAACCCUGCCUAUGUCGGCUGCAUCUCGACAAGGACGUUCUCGGAUACCCCCUGUAGCCAACAGUAGUCGCUACAGUACACGCAGUCGCCUCUACACAGCCCCCAUGCAAGCCAUUUCUGAAGGGGAGACCGAGAACUCAGAUGGGAGCCCCCAUGAUGACAGAUCAUCCUAAAGCCACCCAAUGCGUGAUGUCCUCUAUUCUUAGCUGUGCCCUGCAUUUCAAACAGCCCCUUCUACUUUUCUUGGAUGGCUGUGUCAUCGAGGCCAAUGGUGUAAUUCUUACGACACACAAAAUCUGACUGUUGCAGAAAUAAAUCCGGUUGUGGAUAUUUUAUUCUAUAAAAAGGUGUCAAACUGUUGUGAGGAUUUGAACCAUAAAGGUUAUGAAAAACUAUGAAAAAAUAGUGUAUUAAAUAAAUAAUUCCCUCAUCAAAAAAAAAAAUGCAAGA